GACCCCCGGGCCCCUCGAGGCUCCCUGCGCGCCCUCUGGCCAGCGCGGCACCGCCAGGGUUAUCUCAGGUUUUCCCUUGCUCAGUCCCCCUUGGGCGUGUCUCGGUUCCCAGAAGUUACCUCAGGGUUUCCUGUCCUCAGCUUCCCCUCAGGGGUUCCCCCAACAGACUCCCCCUCCGGUUUCCUCCCCACGAUCUGCCCUAAUUCCCUGUCAGACUUGUUCCUAGCUUCCCCCUCACACACCCUUUCCCUCCAUCCCUCCCCAGCUCUUUUCCUCCACAGUUUCCCCUUCUCUUCCAGUCUCCCUGGCUCGGUGGUCCUUCCCCUGCGUUGCCCCCAGAGAGGGGUGAGUGUUUCCCCUCCCCCCGAUGGGUGCAGGCCCCACGGUUAAGCUUGCCCCAGCUGCCAGUCCCGCCGAGUGAGGGCGUGUGGAGCUGAUCCAGGCGUGUGGGGUGACCCCGGUGUGUGACACUCCGAGUGUGAGGGUGACCCUGGUGUGUGGGUGACCGGGCCGAUGGCCGCGGAGGCGGUGAAGGUGGCCGUGCGCUGCCGGCCCCUGAGCGGGCGCGAGGAGGCCCGGGGGUGCCGAGCCAUCGUCGGCGUAGACAGCGCGCGGGCCCGGUGCCUCCUGCGGAACCCCGCGUCCCCCACAGAGCCCCCCAGGCAAUUCUUCUUCGAUGGGGCAUUCAGUGGGGAGCAUAGCACCGAGCACAUCUACAACGAGAUCGCCUACCCACUCGUGGAGGGUAUCACYGAAGGCUACAAUGGCACCAUCUUUGCCUACGGCCAGACUGGCAGUGGGAAGUCAUUCACCAUGCAGGGAGUUGUAGAUCCUUCCUCACAGAAAGGGAUCAUUUCCAGAGCAUUUGAACACAUCUUUGAGAGCAUACAGUGUGCUGAAAAUGCCAAGUUCCUGCUGAGAGCCUCCUGCCUGGAGAUCUACAAUGAGGACAUACGAGAUCUUCUGGGAGCUGACACCAAGCAGAAGCUGGAGCUGAAGGAGCACCCAGAGCAGGGGGUGUACGUGAAGGGGCUGUCCCUGCACGCUGUGCACAGUGUGGCACAGUGUGAGCAGCUGAUGGACACRGGCUGCAGGAACAGAGCAGUGGGCUUCACCCUCAUGAACAAGGACUCCUCCCGCUCCCACUCCAUCUUUACUGUCAGGAUGGAAAUCUGCACUGUAGAUGAGCGAGGACAGGAGCACCUUAGGGCUGCCAAACUCAACUUGGUGGAUCUGGCAGGAAGUGAGAGACAGUCAAGAACUGGUGCCACAGGGGAGCGGCUCAAAGAGGCCACCAAAAUCAACCUGUCCCUGUCUGCCCUGGGCAAUGUCAUCUCGGCCCUGGUCGAUGGCAGGUGCCACAUUCCCUACCGAGACUCCAAGCUGACCAGGCUGCUCCAGGACUCCCURGGAGGGAACACCAGGACCCUGAUGGUGGCGUGUGUGUCUCCAGCUGAUGACAGCUAUGAGGAAAGCCUCAGCACCUUGCGCUAUGCAAAUCGAGCCAAGAACAUCAGGAACAAGCCCUGCAUCAAUGAGGACCCCAAGGAUGCCCUGCUAAGGGAGUACCAGGAGGAGAUUAAGAAGCUGAGGGCCAUUCUGGCUGAACAGACAGGCACAAGUGACUUGGCAGGGCUUCUACCCGCUGAGGCUGCUCAUCUGGUAGCAAAUCCAGCUCCCCCCGUCAAAAUCCAGGUGGAUCUGGAAGCAGAGAAGCAGCUGAUCAGAGAAGAGUAUGAGGAGAGGCUGACCCGGCUGCAGGCCAGCUACCAAGCGGAGCAGGCGUCCCGCGCCCGCCUGGAGAAGGACAUCAGCAGCCUGAGGGAUGUCUUUGAUCUCAAGGUGUCUGCUAUCGAGGAUCUCCUCAGGAAGGGAGCAGCUGACAUAUGGACUAGAACGAUUUCUGACCAGAAACCUUCACAUGAAGAUGCUGUUGUUGCAGUGCAYGAAGAGCCAACGUCAGCCCAGGACCCAGCAGUGCCUCAGACUGUCACAGAUGCUGGUGGAGUGAGCAGGGACAGUGCUGGAGCAGCAGGAGCUGUCACUGCCCUGGGGAUUUCCCUGCCUUCAGACCAGCAGCUGGUGCUUGCCAGGCUGAAGAUGCUGGAGCAGCAGGUGGUCGGGGGGGAACAGGCUCAAAACAAGGACCUGAAGGAAAAGCACAAACGCCGGAAGAAAUACGCGGACGAGCGGAGGCUGCAGYUAGUGGCUGCCCUGCAGGAAUCCAACGAGGACAGCAGCGAGAUGGCUCUCCUCAAUGUCUAUGACUCCAUCCAGGAGGAGGUGCGAGCCAAGAGCAAGAUGCUGGAGAAGGUGCAGGAAAAGCUCCAGGCUGCCGAGACUGAGAUCAGAGACCUGCAGCUGGAGUUUGGGCUGGAAAAGAUGGAUUACCUGAGCACCAUCCGGCGCCAGGAGCGAGACCUGAUGCUCUGCCAGCAGCUGCUGGACCAGGUGCAGUCUCUCAUCCGGCGUGACUGCAACUACAGCAACCUGGAGAAGAUCAARCGUGAAUCCAUCUGGGAUGAGGAGAGUGGCCGCUGGAAAAUUCCAGAGCCUGUCAUUCAAAAAACCCAGCUGCCCCCAGCAGUUCCAGCUCUGCCACAGCCCAAACCUGCCCGAACGAGCCCCUCRGAUGAGAGUGGGGAGCCAGCGCCCGAGGAAGACCACUACAGGCUGGUGCUGGACAGGAGCGACAGCGAGAACAUUGCCAGCAACUACUUCCGAACCCGGCAAGCCAGCCAGAUCCUGCACCCGGACCAAGCUCCCGCACGCUUCGAGGGGGCCGCGGGCAGCGCCUGCUCCACUGCCCAGGCCCGACCCUUCCGCCUCCAGUCCCUGACCUUGGCUCCUAGCGCCGACACCAAGCGCAAGAAGAACAAAGCCAGCUCCAGCACCCGCCGCUUAUGACCCAUGGCGGAUGUGGGCGGGUCAGGCCACCGCGCCCGCCGUCGCCGCGGAGGAGGGAGGGGGCAG